AUGAGCUGGCUGGGUGAGGCUUGGCAGGAGGGGCUGCCAGCACGGGCACUGCAGGGGGUGAGGGAGCUAGAGCAGCGCCUGGAGUGGGCCAACAAGGAGCGGGUCCAGAAGCAGGCACAGCUGGACACGCUGGAAGCUGUGCUACACAAGCAGAGGCAGAAGCACGAGGAGGAGCGUGGCACGUGGGCGCUGCUGGCUCGGGAGCGGCGGGACCUGGCUGAGGCCUGCGAGCGGCUGGAGUGCGGGCGCCAGCAACUGAGCCGGGAGCUCCAGGCCAAGGGGGCGCAGCUAAACCAGCUGGAGAGGCAGCUGGGCCGGGCUGCCCAGCGCAUUGAGGAGCUGGAGGAGGAGCUGCGGAGGUGCCAGGCAGAGCUGGAUAACCUGCAUUCAAGCACCCCCCUGACCCAUUGCUGCCCCCCCCGGAUGAAGUUGCAGCCCAUCAGCUCCACAUUGGGGGAGAAGCCACUCAUGCAUCGAGAGGCUGCCUGGCACAGUGUCCCUCCUGGGGGCCCUGCCACCCCAGAGAACAGUCAGGGGAUCCCAUCCCCUGGGGAGGAACCUAGAGAGGAGAAUGCAGGGCUGGGGCAUGGCCCCCCUGGUAUGGAGGCCUGGGAGUUGAGGGGGGGACUGCAGUCAGUGCAGCGGGAGUUGGCCCAGUGCACAGAGCAGCGGGACCAGGCAGUCACUAAGGUGCGUGCCCUGGAACGGUGGGUGCAGCAGCUGUUGGAGGAGCUGAGGGGCCAGAGGCAGAGAGCAGGGGCCACGCAGCGCCACCUGGAGCAGCAGGAGAAGGAGCACCGGCAGGAGCUGGCGGAGCUGGAGCAGCACCGUCGGGAAGCACUGGAGCAGCAGGGUACCCAGUUGGACAUUCCUGUGCCCCCCCACUGCCCACCAAACAAGGGCCUGGGGGGAUCAGAGCAGGAGCGGCACCACCCAGGCUAUGGCAAGCGCAGCCUCAGCAGCUUCCAGCAGGAACGGGCACCCGAGAAACAAGGGGCAGCUGGGAAGGUCAGAGGUUCCUCAGCACAGGGUCCCCGAGUUGUGGGCAGGCUGGUGCCCAGAGGGGAGCGGGGCCAGGAGCCGGAGUCCCCCACAGAGCUGCAGGCCCUGAGGGCUGAGGUUUUGGGGCUGCGCCAGCGCCUGGCUGCCUCUGAGAGCCUGCGCAAGGGGCUGCUGGAAACCUGCUGGCAGCUGCAUCAAGGCACCCGGGACCUGACUGGGGAGCGCCGGGCACUGGCUGAGAUGCCACUGGCUCAUGAUGCUGCCAUUCAGCACAAGGAAGAGGCGGAGGAGCUGCAGGGAGCACCAGGGCCCGGCCUGGCCAAAGGGGAUCGGGGGGAACUGCAGGCCCUGGCUGUGGAGUUGGAGGCUCAGGUCUGGGGGGCACCAGGGCCUGGCCUGCCUGAGGGGGAUGCUCAGGAGGUGGGGGAGCUGCAAGUGCUGCGGGGGGAGUUGAGGGCCCUGGCCCUGGGCAAGGCUGAGGCAGAGGCUCAGGCUGCCCAGGCCCAGGAGCGGCUGCGGCGGCUCCAGGAGACGCUGGGGUUGCAGACAGAGCGGCUGGCACUGGCCUGUGAGGCUCAGAGCCAGCAUGUGGCAGAGCUGCUGACUGAGGGGCACGAGCGGGAGCAAGAGCUGAAGCGCCUGGGCCAGGCGCUGCGGGAGGCGGGACGGGUCCGUGAGCUACUGGAGGCUGAGGUGGGGCGGCUGCAGGUGCUGCUGGGUGGGGACACACGUCCCACUGGUUCCCCUGAGCUGCCCCCCAAUGCCCCAAAGCCCGGCCCCGCCGAGCCGCCCCCCACAGCCCCAGAGCCCGGCCCCGCCGUGCCACCCCCCACAGCCUCAGAGCCCGGCCCCGCCGAGCCGCCCCACACAGCCCCAGAGCCCGGCCCCGCCGAGCCGCCCCCCACAGCCCCAGAGCCCGGCCCCACCGAGCUGCCCCCCACAGCCCCAGAGCCUGGCCUGCCUGAGCCGACCCCCGCAGCCCCAGAGCCCGGCCCCGCUGAGCCGCCCCCCGCAGCCCCAGAGCCCGGCCCCGCCGAGCCGCCCCCCACAGCCCCAGAGCCCGGCCCCACCGAGCUGCCCCCCACAGCCUCAGAGCCUGGCCUGCCUGAGCCGACCCCCGCAGCCCCAGAGCCCGGCCCCGCUGAGCCGCCCCCCGCAGCCCCAGAGCCCGGCUCCACCGAGCCGGCCCCCGCAGCCCCAGAGCCUGGUCUGCCUGAGCCGCCCCCCACAGCCCCAGAGACCGGCCCCACUGAGCUGCCCUCCACAGUCCCAGAGCCCGGCUCCACUGAGCCGCCCUCCACAGCCCCAGAGCCUGUUGCCACUCAGUGCCCUGGAGUUGGCUGUGGUUAG